CAUUUCACUUGCUCCACUCAUCGUCCCCAAAGCACCUUCAAAAUGCAUUCGUUGCUUCAGAACUAAUGGCUGAUAAUUUUAUCGAUGUUAAGAUGCAGUGUCUUCAACAACAACUACAAUAUCAAAAUUUUCUCUCCUGCAAUGCUCAGGUACUCUCUAUUUUCCACUCUUCACCAUCUCUCUCGUCUUCACGCGCGCCGUUUCCUCCACUGGAAGCCCCGCCACGAAUACAAGCUAAGCCAACCCGAAUUGAUCGAACGGAUUACUCGUAUCCUUGUCCUGGGUCGUUACGAGGCCCUUAGCAACCUUUCUUUUGACUACUCAGAUGAUCUCCUCGAUUCAGUGCUGCAGAAACUAAGACUAAAUCCUAAGGCUUGCUUGGGGUUUUUUGAAUUAGCUUCAAAGCAACAAAAUUUCAGGCCAAGUAUUAAGUCUUAUUGCAAGAUUGUUCACAUCUUGUCACGUGCUCGAAUGUACGAUGAAACCCGAGAGUGUUUACACGAAUUGGUUGGCUUAUGUCGGAAUAAUUAUUCAGGGUUCUUAAUUUGGGAUGAGCUCGUUAAGGUUUAUAAUGAAUUUACAUUUUCGCCUCUUGUUUUCGAUAUGAUAUUGAAAAUUUAUGCUGAGAGAGGCAUGCUAAAGAAUGCAUUGCACGUGUUCGAUAAUAUGGGAAAGUAUGGCCGUGUCCCAAGUUUGAGGUCUUGUAAUUCUUUGUUAAGUAAUUUGGUUAAAAGGGAUGAAACGUAUAUUGCGUUGCGUGUUUAUGAGCAAAUGAUUAGAGUUGGGAUUGUGCCCGAUGUUUUUACGUGUUCAAUAAUGGUUAAUGCGUAUUGUAAGGAGAAGAGGGUGGAAAAGGCUGUGGAGUUCGUGAAGGAAAUGGAGAAUCUGGGGUUCGAAUUGAAUGUGGUGUCUUACAAUAGUUUGAUGCAUGGAUAUGUUGGUUUAGGAGAUAUUAAGGGUGCAAAAGAGGUGUUAGAAUUGAUGUGUGAAAAGGGGAUUUCGAGAAAUGUGGUUUCAUAUACAUUGUUGAUUAAGGGUUAUUGCAAACAAGGUAAGAUGGAGGAAGCCGAGAAGGUACUUCAAAGGAUGAAUGAUGAGCAGGAUAUUGUCGUCGAUGAAUGUGCUUAUGGGGUUCUGAUAGAUGGGUAUUGUAGAGUAGGUAAAGUUGACGAUGCUAAUAGGGUUCGGAAUGAGAUGCUGAAGGCAGGGUUGAAGAUGAAUCUGCUUAUUUGUAACUCUUUAAUUAAUGGCCACUGUAAACUUGGUCAAAUUAGUCAAGCAAAACGAGUGUUAAGAUGUAUGGGAGAUUGGAACUUAAGGCCAGAUUCGUUCAGUUAUCAUACAUUACUGGAUGGGUAUUGCAGAUUAAAUAAUAUGAGUGAGGCCUUCAAGCUUUGUGAUGAGAUGCUUCGUGAAGGAAUCCCUCCUACUGUUGUUACUUAUAAUACUCUUCUCAAAGGUUUGCGUCGUGUGGGUGCAUUUGAUGAUGCUUUGCACCUGUGGUGUAUGAUGUUGAAAAGAGGUGUGCCUCCUAAUGUGGUUGGCUAUUGUACUCUGCUUGACAUUUUGUUCAAGAUGGGAGAUCUCGAUGGCGCAAUAAGACUUUGGAACAAUAUAUUAGCCAGGGGUUUCUCCAAAAACACAAUUGCUUUCAAUACAAUGAUUAAUGGAUUAUGUAAGAUGGGAAAAAUGAUUGAAGCACAGCAGAUUUUUGACAGGAUGAAGGAGUUGGGAUGUUUGCCUGACAAAGUAACAUAUAGAAUCCUUAGUGAUGGCUAUUGUAAAGUUGGAAAUAUUGAAGAAGCUUUUAAGAUUAAAAAUGUAAUGGAAAGGGAAGCGGUUUUUCCUUCCAUUGAAAUGUAUAAUUCUCUUAUUAGUGGAGCCUUUAGGUCUAGGAAAUUAAGUAUAGUGGUGGAUCUUCUUGCUGAAAUGCAGAAUUCAGGGUUAUCACCUAAUGCUGUAACCUAUGGGGCCCUUGUUAUUGGUUGGUGUGAUGUAGGGAUGCUGGAUAAAGCUUUUACUGCAUAUUUCGAGAUGACAGAGAAGGGAUUUGCCUCAAAUGUGAUUAUGUGCAGCAAAAUUGUUAGCACCCUGUUUGGACUUGGUAGGAUUGAUGAAGCAAAUAUGCUUUUGCUGAAAAUUGUGGAUUUUGAUCUUUUUCCAAAUCUCAAACUCCUCAAGACCGAUGUUAUUAGUCUGGAUGCUCAGAAAAUUGCCGACUCCCUUGAUGAAAGUGCCAAAAGUUUUGAUAUGCCCAACAAUGUGGUGUACAAUAUAGCUAUUGCCGGACUCUGCAAGUCUGGGAAGGUUGAUGAUGCAAGAAGUGUUUUCUCAGCUUUGUUGCUUUCGGGCUUUACUCCAGACAAUUUUACCUACUGUACCCUGAUUCAUGCCUAUGCAGCUGCUGGUGAUGUCACUGAAGCUUUCAAGUUACGGGAUGAAAUGCUGAAAAGGGCUCUCGUUCCAAACAUUGCCACAUACAAUGCUCUAAUAAACGGUUUGUGUAAAUCAGGAAAACUGGACCGAGCACUGAGGCUUUUCCACAAACUUCACCUGAAAGGGUUGGCCCCUAAUGUCAUAACCUAUAAUAUUCUGAUUGAUGGUUACUGUAAAACUGGUAAUACCCAAAAGGCCUUUAAUUUGAAAUGCAAAAUGAUUAAAGAAGGGAUUGCUCCUUCCGUUAUUACCUACUCUACCUUGAUAAAAGCACUUUGUGAGCAAGGAGAUAGAGAAGAAUCAAUGAAGCUUUUAGGUCAGAUGAUUAAGUUAGGCGUGGAUCAAAAUCUUGUCAUGUUAUCUAAGUUGGUCCUAGGUUCUGUUAAAUGCGGAGAUGUAAAGAAGAUCUCCAAGCUUCAUAACAUGAUGCAUUUCAGUUGUUUCCCAUCUAGUGUUGUCUAUGAUAAACCAAUUGAGAUGACAGAGUCUGCUGCUUUGCCUGACUCAUAUGAUGUUUCUCAAGCUGCUUGUUGAUGAAUGAUCAAUGGACUAUGUCAUUGGUAGGGAUGAUUUUGAGUUUGGCCAUUGCCUUUGGACUUUCAAGCUCUGAGACAGGAGGCCCACGUACUUCUCAUUGAUCAUCAAGACCCCAGGAUAUAAUCAUUCGCUUGGUCCCAAAAUUUGGCUGCUGAGUGCUAUGUCAGAAAAAGGUAGUUUGGAAGCCUAAUUACUUGUUUUUUUCUUAUAAUUGGAACUAAUUUGGGAGUAUGAACAAGUUUUUAGCAUGACCAAUCUAAAACUUGGGAGUGUGAAACUAUUUUUAGCAUGAAUCAGCUCACACUCUUGCUCUUGUGCAAAGAAAAUGAUGUCAACAUGUAUGCCAAAUUUCUUAAAAUGUGAUAAAAUUAAGUUUGAAGCGACCCCACAAAUCUAAAGAGAGAAAUUGUGUAAGAGUGAUUUUGGUUAAGAACUUUUCAAAGACAGUGCUGGAUCAUGCAGCAUUCAUGCUCCAAAGAAGUGAUCUGGUAUGUACUGCGGUUUUGUUAUUACCUUCAGUUUUAAACUUUGGCGAGCUUAGAAGUUCAGAUUAAAAAGAAUGAAAAUGGAACAGAAGACUUGUUUUUAAUUUGAUAAAGUUAAAGAUAUCAGCGUUCUUAUAAAACGUUUAGGAAUUGUCAUUUCCUUGUAUGUUGUUGGUCUCGGACUUAUAAAUGGGCAUUUGUGAAUUCUUCAUGAUAAAAGUUAUUUCGAUGAUGUGUAUCGGAUUGAAGACAGAACAAGAUUGAUGUGUUUCUAAAUGGUGGAACUCUUUAACAUUGUAGCACACCAUACUAGUGGCAUUUUGUGGACUUCGGUUUUGAAGGAAGUUCAAGACUCCUCAUCAGCUAUUCAUCUCAACUAGGAAGAGAUUUUUGGUUAAUUUUUGUAUACUUUGUUUUUCUUCUGGGACAGGAGAGGGGAGAUUAUUAUAAGCAGAUUCUCAAAUUGUUGUCUUGUGUAAUUGUUUUGAUCUCUUUGUGGUUACUUCAGCAAAAUAAAUUUAUUGUUUCUAGCAGGCCAUAUUUUGUUACCAGUGCCUAAUAGUGGGUUCAGACAUACUCACUGUCACCGACACACUCAUGAGCACACAUCCGAACUUCAAGUGGCCCUAGUGGAAUAUUUCUGGAUGGAGAUUAUGCUGUUACUUUAUGACAAUGCUUUCAUUUGUUGAAAUGUCACAACCUGUCGGGUUCUUGCCCCGCGGAGGAUGAAACACCAAGAUCAUUAAUGCGUGCUGGGAUUUGGGACUUGGACCGCAUUUCAGACUGCAGUUGGGUUUUCAGAAUGUUGCUUCCAUGUCUUAUAUCUUGGAACCACUGAUGCUAUCGAUUUUUUUUUGAGAUAAAAUCGUAUGCCUCCAGCCUCGUAACUCCUGCUCCAGUAUUUAUGGUUCACUCAGCGGUAUGGGUAAAUUGUUUGGAGACUAUUAAAUCCUAGAUAAAGAUGAACUUUUACACAUUAUUAAAACAUAUUAAAGUGCAACUACGGGUAUUGUUUAUAUAUUUGCUUUGAUUAUUUAUAUGUUCCUUUAUAUGUUCCUCCAGCUUGUGUGAUUAAUUUGCAAAUAUUAAUUUGAAAACGCUCUGUUUUUCACUAGCAGAUGUUGAUUUGUUAGCUGCUAUGGUACAUGCGAUGGGAGGGAACAGUGAGGUACCUGAAAUAUUUCUGUGUACCAAUCUCUUUAUGUAGAAUAACCUUCUGUAUUACUCUGCUCGAAAUUUUCGGAUAGUGAUUAAGUUGAACAAAGGAUGGAACUGCUUGUCAUUAGACCUGGCAAAACGGGUCUGGACCCGCGGGUCGGCCCGUACCCGAGUAAAAAAUAUAGGGUACGGAUCCAAUACAUUAAACCCAUUUUUUUGAGACCCGUACCCGUAUCCGGUCAAAUAUCUCAUGGUUUAUACGGGUGAACCCGCGGGCAUCUGCGGGCACUCGUAUUUGUUGGUCACUAUUCACUAUUCAGUUCACUAGUGAAUUUGAAUCCCUAAGUUUUCAUCACGCAUUCAAGCUCACGCCUCUCACAGUCUCACUCUCAUCUCAUCUCUGAUCUCUCAGUCUCAGAUCGUGGCCGCAUCUCAUCUCUCAGACUCUCAGUAACUCAAAUCUCUCCUGCCUCUCAAUCUCUCAUCAGUCAUCAGUCUUCUUCGUGCCUAAAGUUCAACUCCCUGUCUCUGUGUCUCCCUCUUUGUCAGUUCGUCAGUUCAUCACUCGUCCGUCAUUCCCAUUCCUAGUUCGGCAGUACCAUAGUCGUCGGUCGCCAUCACUCAUUCUCGUCGGCUGCGGAUAUUGUGUUUGAUUAUCAGCAGAAGGUGACGAGAUCGUUUGAUUAUCUUCAAGGAGAUUAUUACAUAGCUCCAUUGUUCAUGAUUUAAUUGCUGCAGGACUCCAAUCAGGCUGAACACUCACUCCUGGAGCUGUGAUAUCAGGCUGAACAUAUGUACAAAUCUAAUUAUUAUCCCAUUCAGAUGGCUCAAGAUCUAUGUUUAAGGAAACUGAGUUGCCAAUUAUACCUUAAGCAUCUCUGGGGUUACUUUUGGGUCCCUUUGAUGAAAAAGCUGCCAUGAAGGGAGCUAGCUUUGUUCCAAGUUUUGUGGUUGCACGAGUAAUGUAAGCAACAGGAUUCCUGUUAGGGAAAAAAAUUAUCAAGUUUGUUAAAUGUAGUACCUAUUGCAAAUGCUAUGGCCAGGUAUGCUUGUUUUCUUAGUUGGUUGAAUUGAUGUAACGAUAUACAUACACACCAUUAUUGGUUGUAUUAUAUGUUAUUGUUUGUUUAUGUGUUA